AUGUCUAUAGUUUCGAAGAAGGAGUUAUUCUCUCUUUCACUUGCAUUAUAUUUGCUAACUGUGCCUGUAUUGUCUGCAGAGGAAAAUCGGACCUUUCCAGGCGCAAUUUUGACAAAGCUUAACUCUAGAUUAAAAGGAUUUACCUUUAAGUCCUGGGAAACUCCCAGUCAAAUUUUCUGCAGUCAAUCUUGCCUCUCAAGUUCAAGAUGUCAUUCGAUAAACUUUAAAGAAAUAUCAUCACUUCAACGCCGUGGCUUAUGCGAGCUGAACGAUGAGCAUUUGAUGGAUUCUGUGGUUAUAGAGAACAAUCUUAUACACGAGGAGGGAUUUGUCUUUUCCCGUUUUCCCAAAGAUAAUAAGGAUGAUUGUCAAUGGCGAAGUUGUCAAAAUAAUGGCGUCUGUGUAUUCAUUAAGCAACAUUAUGCAUGCUCUUGUGAUGUACCAUGGACGGGGAGCUUUUGUGAAACAAAGAUUGUCUGGUACAAUUUUACAUCGCUGGGUGCGAACGGAAGAAAUGGCCCUGACAGUAACACCGGUUACAAAGGAACUGGACUCAGGGACGUGCAAGUGAACAAUGGAAAACAAGAAUGGAUUGUACCAUUUACUGGCAGAUUUCAAGUGGAGGCAUGUGGGGCGUCCGGUGGGAAAGGGCUUGCUCGGCCAACGGUUGUUAAUGGAGGUAAAGGGGCUAAAAUUAAUGGUACUGUCAUGUUGGAAAAAGGAGUCAAACUUGUCAUACUUGUUGGACAAAAAGGUUUGUCUUCAGAUGGGGGUAACCCAGGGAGUGGUGGUGGGGGAACCUUUGUUGUUUAUUCUCCUCAGAUGAGGCCUCUUCUCGUAGCUGGUGGGGGAGGGGGUGGUCAUUAUCUAGCUGGUCUUCCUGGUAACGAUCAAGUCAAUGGGAGCGGUAACGCUUCCGGCAGUAACGGAGAAGGUGGCCUAAUUUGUGCAGAUAUUAGCGAGGGAGAUGCACUCCACUCUGGAUCGGGAGCUGGGAUUAACGGAAGUGGAGGAUGUUUUAAAAGACUAAGUGUGCUUGCUAGAAAGGUGUGCUCAAGGAAAGACUGUAACGAAGGAGGAAAAUCCUUUUUGACAGGAGGUAAGGGGGGUGAGAAGGCAGAUCGUGAUGGUGGCUUUGGUGGAGGAGGAGCCUAUGGUUUGUACGCUGGGGGAGGGGGUGGAUAUUCAGGAGGUGGAGUAGAUUGUGUUGUGAAGAUGGGAGGAGGGGGAGGGUCCUAUGUCGAAAACGCAACUUGGAGUAUCACAAAGGGAGGUUGCAAUGAGGGGGAUGGUUAUGUUUCAUUUCACAAUGUAGACUGA